AUGGUUGAAGAUGUGCGACAUAUACAUGUACUUGGAUCCAAAAAAAUUACCUUCAAACCAGACAAAAACACAAUUAACUUACUCCUAACGCUUGGCGGAAACAACAAUCAACUUUAUAUAUUGGAUAAAAGAGAUAAUUGUGUGAAAGAGCAGAGCUUGUGGAGAUUAACCAAUCAGCGGUGGUUUCAGAUUACUCAGAAGCAGUUGCACUGGAUAUAA